GCAGCAGGAGGGACAGACAGACUGACGGGGAAUUGGCCGGAGCGACAGACCCGGUCAGCAAAGGAUCCCUCCAGCAUCAGGAUGUUCUUUACGUGUGGCCCCAAUGAGGCCAUGGUGGUCUCGGGCUUCUGCCGCAGCCCCCCAGUGAUGGUGGCAGGGGGCCGGGUCUUCGUCCUCCCCUGCAUCCAGCAGAUCCAGAGGAUCUCCUUGAACACACUGACCCUGAACGUGAAGAGCGAGAAGGUUUAUACCCGGCACGGGGUCCCCAUCUCUGUCACCGGCAUCGCCCAGGUGAAGAUCCAGGGCCAGAACAAGGAGAUGCUGGCGGCUGCCUGCCAGAUGUUCCUCGGCAAGUCGGAGAGCGAGAUCACCCACAUCGCGCUGGAGACGCUGGAGGGGCAUCAGCGGGCCAUCAUGGCCCACAUGACUGUGGAGGAAAUCUACAAGGAUCGGAAGAAGUUCUCGGAGCAGGUUUUUAAAGUGGCCUCUUCAGACCUGGUCAACAUGGGCAUCAGCGUGGUGAGCUACACGCUCAAGGACAUUCACGAUGACCAGGAUUAUCUGCACUCGCUGGGGAAAGCCAGGACCGCCCAGGUGCAGAAAGACGCCCGGAUGGGGGAAGCUGAGGCCAAGAGAGACGCCGGCAUCAAGGAGGCCAAGGCGAAGCAGGAGAAGCUCUCUGCCCAGUACUUAAGUGAGAUCGAGAUGGCCAAGGCGCAGCGGGACUACGAGCUGAAGAAAGCCACCUACGACAUCGAGGUGAACACCCGCAAGGCCGAGUCCGACCUGGCCUAUCAGCUGCAGGUGGCCAAGACCAAGCAGAAGAUCGAGGAGCAGAAGAUGCAGGUGCUGGUGGUGGAGCGGACCCAGCAGAUCCAGCUGCAGGAGCAGGAAAUCAUCCGCAAGGAGCACGAGCUGGAGGCCACGAUCAAGAAGCCGGCCGAGGCCGAGCGCUACCGGCUGGAGAAGCUGGCGGAGGCCCAGAGGUGCCAGCUCAUCAUGCAGGCGGAGGCUGAAGCAGAGUCCCUGAGGGUGAAGGGGGAGGCGCAGGCGUUCGCCAUCGAAGCCAAGGCGCGGGCGGACGCCGAGCAGAUGGCCAAGAAGGCGGAGGCAUUCCAGCAGUACCAGGACGCCGCCAUGGUCGACAUGCUGCUGGAGAAGCUGCCCCAGGUGGCGGAGGAGAUCAGCAAGCCGCUGAGCGCGGUGAAGAAGAUCACCAUGGUGUCGAGUGGGAGUGAGGGCGUGGGCGCGGCCAAGAUGACGGGGGAGGUGCUGGAAAUCAUGAGCAAACUCCCGGACACUGUGGAGAAACUCACCGGCAUCAGCAUCUCCCAGAUGAGUCAGAAGAAGCCGGGGCGAAUGUCCUAG